UCUCGCCCCGUUCUCCCCCGCAGGCUGUGGCCGCCGGGGAGCCGCCCGCCAUGUCGACGGUUGCUGCCGCCAGCUGCGACGCCAAGGGCGCGGGGGAGGCGCGAGAAGAGAAGAAGCCGCUGAAGCCCUGCUGCGCCUGCCCCGAGACCAAGAAAGCGCGGGACGCCUGCAUCAUUGAGAAGGGGGAAGAAAAUUGUGGGCACCUAAUUGAAGCUCACAAAGAGUGUAUGAGAGCUCUGGGCUUCAAGAUAUGAGUGAGAUGAGCAGGACUGUGGAUAUGAUGAUGUCUGUGGUGUGACUGUGUUCUGGAAAGCUGCAAAAUAAAUGAUUUCUGCAAGUUACUUCAAAGAACAAAUAUAAACAAAGAAUCUAUUUAUAUAAAGAGUCUAAUGAUAGCCUGUGCGUCACAUCUAUGGCUUUUCCCCUGUUAGCUCUUGACCGCUGCUAUAGAAAAUGUAUUUUUUCCUCUUAAUAAAAGUCUGAAAAUGA